CGCCAGCGGUGUCAGCGUCGAAUGGUGGGAAAUGGCGGAGUACUUGGCCUCCAUUUUCGGCACUGAGAAAGACAAAGUCAACUGUUCAUUUUAUUUCAAAAUUGGAGCAUGCCGUCAUGGAGACAGAUGCUCUCGGUUGCACAAUAAACCGACCUUUAGCCAGACCAUCUUGAUUCAAAACAUCUAUCGUAAUCCCCAAAACAGUGCACAGACGGCUGACGGCUCACACUACUAUUGCCCUCUUGAACAUUUACCGUAACCCUCAAAACUCUUCCCAGUCUGCUGACGGUUUGCGCUGUGCCGUGAGCGAUGUGGAGAUGCAGGAACACUAUGAUGAAUUUUUUGAGGAAGUUUUCACAGAAAUGGAGGAAAAGUAUGGAGAGGUUGAAGAGAUGAACGUCUGUGAUAACCUUGGAGACCAUCUAGUUGGAAAUGUGUACGUCAAGUUUCGUCGUGAAGAAGAUGCAGAAAAGGCUGUGAUUGACUUAAAUAACCGCUGGUUUAAUGGACAACCGAUUCAUGCAGAGCUCUCCCCUGUGACUGACUUUAGAGAAGCCUGUUGCCGCCAGUAUGAGAUGGGAGAGUGUACACGAGGAGGCUUUUGCAACUUCAUGCAUUUGAAGCCCAUUUCUAGAGAAUUGCGUCGGGAGUUGUAUGGCCGACGUCGUAAGAAGCAUAGGUCUCGAUCCCGGUCUCGUGAACGUCGGUCCCGGUCGAGAGACCGUGGUCGUGGAGGAGGUGGUGGUGGCGGCGGCGGCGGAGGUGGCCGGGAACGUGAUAGGCGGCGAUCCAGAGAUCGGGAGAGAUCUGGACGAUUCUGAGCCAUGCCGUUUUUACCGUAUGUCUGCUAGAAAGUGUUGUAGUUGAUUGACAAAACCAGUUCAUAAUGGGAAUUUUUUUUUAAAAAACAACAAAAAACACAAAGAUGGGUUUCUGAAUAAAAUUUGUAGUGAUA